AUGAAAACCCUCCCAGAAGUACCUCAAAGUCUUGAUCCCAGUUUGGGUGCUGAUUGCAGUAUGUAUUUGGCCUUUGGCUUCGACUACCGUGGUAAUGAUCACAAGGUAGUGGAGAUUAUUUGCUUCCCGCCAAACACAGAUAAGAAUAGUUUGUUCGUAGUUAAUGUUUAUAGUCUAAGCACAGAUUCUUGGAGAAGAAUUAGUGUUGCCUCCCCUUCAUGUAGGAUUUCAAGUACCCUACCUCAAAUCAUGAAUGGAGCUGCCUAUUGGAUUGCAAAGGGGGAUGGGAAUGGGGAAAGUGAUAACUCUACUUAUACCAUUUUGCAAUUCGAUUUGGGUGAUGAAGUUUUUAGAGAGAUAAUGCUGCCAGAUGGUACUCAGCAUGGAAUACCAGAUAUUGCGGUAUCGGGGGAAUUACUCUAUCUUUUUAUUAUUUGGGAGGGUGAAACUUAUCGAACAUAUCAGUGCGGUGUGUGGACAAUGGAGUGUAGCAAAGUGGGAACAUGGACAAAACGAUUUACAUUUAGUUUUUCGGAGAAUGAUUGGGGCAGUGAGACAGGCUUUAGAAGGAAUGGCGAAAUUCUGCAACUGCAUCACAGAAAUUCUCUGGUGUAUUACAAUCUUGAGAGCAAGCGAGCUCUGCGAGUACAUCACAAAACUUCUCUGGCGUCUUACAAUCUUGAGAACAAUCAAGCUAAGGAUCUUGGAAUAUUCCAUGCCUCUAUAAUUAGUUUUUUACAUUGUUACGUGGAGAGCCUUAUUCUACUUGGUAAGGAAGAUUCUUAUUCCACAUCAUCAACAGAAAUUGAAGUACAUUGUGAAGAAGAGGUGUGA